AUGCCAUACUUUCGUCCCGAAGUCAUGUUAAUCAAGCACAGCAGGUCCAAGAAACCGAUUAAGAUAAUGGACCCGGAUUGUGCCAUAUGCAACCAGCCGGCCCUGGCACAAUGCGAGUGUGAAGCCAAGGGCUUGGAUGUUGCAGUGAGGCAAGCAGAGCAGAGGAUGAUGACUAGUGUAUUUACCGAUAUAAGAACCUGGGUUCGCGGCCACGCUCAAGACUACAUCCUCUCCUACUUCUCCAUGCUCACCACCCGCCGCCGCGACUCGCACGCCCAACGCCUGCACGCCCUGCACGCCCACUACGCCUACUACCGCACACAUCCUCAUCCCUCUGAAAUCGCCUCCGCAGACGCAGAGCUCAAGCGCGGCAUCGACGAUGACUGGAAAGCGUCCGUGCAGCGGUAUCCCGAAGUGCUGGAGUAUUUCUAUGGGCUCGUGCGUUUGGAUUUACCGGGUGACGAGGAGCCGGGUGUGAGAGAUCCGCCGCUGAGUGCGCUGGGUGGUGGGGCUGCGUUUGGCGGGGGGAGGAAGGUUAGGAUGCAGGAGCCAGGGAGAGGGAUCGCAGAGAGAGGAGGAGGAGUGUUGUGCCGGCGCCCAUGCCGCAGCCGCCGCCGAGGGCCCCGAGUAGACCACAGACUGCCUUUGCGCCGAUGCAGGGCUAUG